AUGUGUUAUCAGGAUGGAAAAGGGCCCGAUGGCGAGUCAUACGUCCGCGGAGAUGAUCACCACUAUGCUCGAAUAGACCCGGCAGCAGAGAUUGCCCGGCUGAGGCAUUCUAUCACAAUGCUCGAAUCUUAUGUUUUUCCUCAUCAACGAGCUGCAGCCUCUCAUACUCCUUCAAGCACUCAUCGACGCAGCGAAAUCAUCGUACCGAAAAAGGAGCCAGUUGAUUCGGAUGUCAAUGAUAAAUCUUCUCAGACUGGAGCUACAACGGCACCGGGUAUGCUGGGUAGCAAAGUACAAGGAGGUCUUUAUGCUGGUCCGACCAGCGCUGCUCUCCAUCUUCUCUCCAACGAAGGCAGAGGCUCUGAAGAUGGCACAUCCUCACGCCAGGCCUCACAAGAACGUUUGUCCAAUCCUGCCCCAGACAUUGUGGACGACCUUUCCUCCAAUGAUUUUCCCACUUUAACCCCAGAGUACGAUCGUGAUCUACUUUCUCUUUUACCGACUAUCGAAGUCAUCGACGGCCUGAUUGCUUAUUAUUUUGAGUAUUGUAACUGGAUUUACAGACACGUCAAUCAAGCAGCGUUUUCUCAUAACUGGGAACGUUUCAAGAACGGUGUCAAUUCUGACCGCAUCAUCCUCGCUCUAGCUUGUGCAAUCAUGGCAAUUGCUACUCAUUAUCUUCCAACCCAACACUCUCUUCUAGAGUCUCUCAAUGAAACGCACGAACUGUUAGGCCAAAAAUUCUUCGAUGUUUCUACUCAGGCCCUUCAUCGGAAGCAGCAGGAGACUAAGAGCUAUACAUUGGAUCUCGUGGAACUUUUGCUCAUUCGAACUCACUAUCUCAACAUGCUCAAGAACGAUAGUGAGGAGAUCUGGCAUAUAAGAGGGGAGCUGGUGACCAUUGGUACUGCAAUGGGACUUCACCGAGACCCUGGGAAAUGGCGGAUGCACAGAGAUGUCGCCGAGAGGAGAAGGUGGGCAUGGUGGCAUAUAGUUCUUUUGGAACGUUGGCAGGCCUUCAUGUUCGGCCGACCACUCGCUAUUGCUUCACACCAUUUUGACACUUCUUUACCUUCCUACUGUGAUCCUGCUGUCGACAAAACUGGUCGAUUAUUCCUUCCCAAUAUCGCUCUAUUCAGGUUGGCAUUCAUUCUCGGAGAUAUCAUGGACGAUGCGGUUUCCGUACGACCUGUACCCUAUGACUCUGUCCAGGCGAACGAUCGUGCCCUCAAGCAGUGGAUGGAUAAUCUCCCUUCGGAGCUGAAUCUUGACGAAUACAAAGUCGCUCGCAAUCUUGCUAGUACAAAUGCUAAUUUACGGAGAUUGGGCGUGCAGAGCGUGAUUAUUCGAACAAGUUAUCACCACAUCCGAUUCACCUUGCACCGGCCGUACGCUAGCGCAGGUAUUAGCCAGUCAGCUCAAUCCUCUUCCGCUUCUUCCAAGAGUGCUUCAGACAAUAAGCACUCCCAGAGCCUCGAAAUUGCGGUUGGUGCAGCCAGCGAGCUAAUCACUCUGGUCGGACAAAGCCGGCCAGAUUUCUUAGCCAAUUCGUCUUUGGCAGUCCCAGGGCAUAUGAAUUGGGGCCCUUUCCAUGUAUUCUCCGCUGCGAUGUUCUUUUCGUUUCAACUGAUUGCCAAUUCCGACCAACCUGGCGCUUCUCUAUUCCGUGCAUCCAUCAAGAAGGCGAUUCACACGUUGGAUACUUGUCGGGGUAUUGCUGUCGCAGACAAAGCUUCCGACAUUCUCUUUGCACUUGCACCUUUGUACAGUGUCGAUUUUCACUUGCAAAACAAGGAGAAAAGGGAAAAGGAGCGCGCUCGUAUACUGAGUGUUGUAAGGAACCUUGCUUUCCCGUAUCAUGAUUCCCACGAUCCAAGACGAUUUGGGGAUAGUAGUCCUGCUAGCAAUGGUAGUGGCCGACAUAUAGGCAACGGCUCGCCAAUAGGUUCCUCAAGUGUCAGUCCACCAUUAACUGUUGUUCCUGCCUCCCACGCGCGCUCAGAUUUGCCAAACAUGCACUCUCAUGCAGUAUAUGAAUCCUCAUUGCAUACACAUGCAGCCAUGUCGAGCAUGCGGACGUCUUCAAUAUACUCACAUCCUGGAGGCACGAGCAAUGGACAGAUUCAGCAAAGUGGUGGAGGUGGACAUCCCUCUUCACCACUUUCUCAACCCCAAAUGUCACCUACUGUUAUGAGUUCAAAUGCUCAACCUAUGGCCUCAAUGCCUUCGUCUGCUUCCCCAAACUCAUACCAACCUUACAUCACCGGCGCGCAGCCACAGGUGUACUCUGAUUCGUCAAGGUAUGCGCACUACCCGCAUCCUGGGGACGACGCAUCAAUGUGGGGCGCCGCAGUGGGCUUUGGACAACGAGAAUGGUCUCAGUUUAUCGAUGGUUUUCAACCUCCUCCCUCAGGUUCAUCAAGUGUCGUUGCCCAUCACCGACAUCUGCAAGGUUGA